AGUCCAAUAGUAGCUUGCUUCUUGGUAAAGUUUAAGACUUUAGAGGGCUUUACCUAAACCCAUAGAAUCUUUACUUUGUUGUCUCAAAAAGGGAAUAAUAAUAAUAACAAUAAUAGAUCUUUGUUCUUCUCAGCUUUUCUUUUCAUUCCCUAUAUAUGUCUAAAACAGAAUACAUAGGUGUGUAGAAUAGAUGGAGCGUUACGAGGUUCUCAAAGAUAUUGGCUCUGGUAAUUUUGCUGUUGCAAAGCUAGUUAGAGAUAUCUUCACCAAAGAGUCUUUUGCUGUUAAGUUUAUUGAGAGAGGCCAAAAGAUUGAUGAGAAUGUCCAGAGGGAAAUCAUGAACCAUAGAUCACUGAAGCAUCCCAAUAUUAUUAGAUUCAAAGAGGUUCUGCUAACUCCAACACAUCUGGCGAUAGUAAUGGAGUAUGCUGCUGGAGGAGAACUCUUUGAGAGGAUAUGCAGUGCCGGUAGAUUCGGUGAAGACGAGGCAAGGUUUUUCUUUCAGCAACUGAUAUCAGGAGUCAGUUACUGUCAUUCAAUGCAAAUUUGUCAUAGAGAUCUGAAGCUUGAAAACACACUCUUAGAUGGAACUACUGCUCCGCAAGUCAAAAUUUGCGACUUUGGUUACUCAAAGUCAUCUGUGUUACAUUCACAACCGAAGUCUACGGUAGGAACUCCAGCUUACAUCGCACCUGAGGUUUUGACGAGGAAAGAAUAUGAUGGAAAGAUUGCAGAUGUUUGGUCUUGUGGAGUCACCUUAUUUGUGAUGUUAGUCGGCGCUUAUCCUUUUGAAGAUCCCGAGGAUCCAAAAAACUUUAGAAAAACCAUUAGUAAGAUAAUUAGUGUUCAAUACAAAGUCCCUGAUUAUGUACGAGUUUCAAUGGAAUGCAUAAAUCUUCUAUCUCAAAUAUUUGUGGCUAAUCCUGAAAAGAGAAUAACAAUACCAGAAAUAAAAAACCAUCCAUGGUUUUUGAGAAAUUUACCCAUAGAAUUAAUGGAAGGUGGAAGCUGGCAAACCAGUGAUGUAAAUAAUCCAUCACAAAGUGUUGAUGAAGUUCUGUCCAUUAUUCAAGAGGCAAGAAAACCCCUUAACAUACCCAAAGAUGGUGGUGGUCUUCUUAUUGGAGGCAGCAUGGACUUGGAUGAUUAUGAUGUUGAUGCAGAUCUUGAAGAUAUAGAAACAUUUGGUGAUUUUGUGUGCCCUCCUCUUUAAAAGUGUAUUCCUAAACAAGAUUAGGUAUUAUUUGCUGAGGGUCCUAAAGUUCCUCACUAGUUUAUAUUUCAAUUAAGCUUCACUUCUAUAUUGCUUGUUAAUUUUUUUUUUUUGAAAAAGUUUCUAUAUUGCUUGUUAUUACAUAGUUUUGACAUGUGUGGGGCUAUGCAGCACCGACACCUUGGAUUGAAGGCAUGUUUGAUGUCUGACAUGUGCCAAUAUCCAACAUCAACACGACAUCAACACAUGCAAUUACAUUCAAUCACUUUUAUUUUAUUAAAUUAUUAUUGGUAUCGACGUGUCAAUGUUCGUAGCUGUGUCAAUGAUCCAUAGGUGGUGACCGAUAUUCCUUAUGAGCUUUUGGAUCUUCUCCCAUAACACAGUUUCAUGUGUGGAUCUGAUCAUAUUUGGAAUUUUUAGAUCCAAUUACCUCUUUGUAAAGAUGUAAUAUCGCAAGCGUUUUUCCAAAGAGGACAAUAUUAAGUAAAGCAAUUUGUGACUGGUUCCUCGUGUUCUAUCUGUUGAGAACUAAUACAUGGGAAUAAAAAUUAGAUUUA